UUUGGAAGAUCAUCUGUGCACCUACAUUAGUCCCCUUCUGCCACCUGGGCUCACUGCCAGCUUCCUUAGGCAAUUUUAGUAAAAACCUUUGGAGAAAGGUGGACUGUCAACUGCUAACCCAGAAGGCAGUUGAAACCCCCCCAGAUCUGGCUGUUGUGUGCUGAGGUCCCACCUCCUGUGCAUCUGUGCCAUGCAUAUAAAUGGAGGGCCCUGAAGAAGUGUUUGGGUUCAGAAAAGCGCUGUCUGCUCCUAGAAUCCUGGCUUUGUACCUCUCUGGACAGCAGAUGCCAAGGAGAGUAGCCCUAUCUCAGCCACUUGAUAACGAGAAAAUUUUUUAAAGCUGCGGAUUCAAUCCCUUGGGUUAGAUCCAAGGUUUCUGCUUUGGGAAGGAACUGCGUCUGCGUGGGGAGAGGAAGACAAAGACGUCCAACAGAGCUGGGCCUGCGCGUGCCCCGAGAACCAAGGUGAGGAUCGUUUAACGCGCAGUCCAGUUCUCAGUCUCCGCGUGAGCGGUGAAUGCUCUCAUCCACGAAGGUGCCUUGAGCAACGCUUCCCAGCCUGAACUUUUGUCCCAGUCAUACCGCCACCAAGCAAACAGCAAGCCACCCACUCACCUCUUGGGGAGGCUGAGCUGGGCUGCGCAGUUGCCGCCUCGGGGUUUCGUUCAGACCAACCCCGCGUGAAGACGCAGGAGGGAAAAGUGGGGAGGGAGGCUCAACGAUCCCCUCCCGCGCGCACGGACCCUCAGCGCUGCCUUCCUUUGUCGUGGCGGCCAGGAAAGAGGUUUUUACUGAAAGCAGGUGAACUCACCGACGCGGACCCCCUUGGCCAAGCCAGCCAUCUCCCUGAGCAGCGACAGCCGCCUCGUCCCGGGACCCUGGCAGCGCCCGGCCCUGCAGGAUGUCCAAGCAGGACAUGAGUGUCCCAGCAAAACUCAUCAAUGGAGGCGUGGCAGGGCUUGUUGGGGUUGCCUGUGUGUUCCCCAUCGACUUGGCCAAGACUCGACUGCAGAACCAGCAUGGAAAAGGCAUCUACAUGGGAAUGACAGACUGCCUGAUGAAAACGGCGAGGGCGGAGGGCUUCCUGGGCAUGUACCGAGGGGCUGCUGUGAACCUGACCUUGGUCACUCCAGAGAAGGCCAUCAAGCUGGCAGCCAAUGACUUCUUCCGCCAGCUGUUGAUGGAAGAUGGGAGGCAGCGGAACCUGAAGAUGGAAAUGCUGGCUGGAUGUGGAGCUGGAGUGUGCCAGGUGGUGGUUACCUGUCCCAUGGAAAUGCUCAAGAUUCAGCUGCAGGAUGCUGGGCGCCUGGCCCACCACCAGGGUUCGGACUCGGCACCGUGCGCCUCCAGGUCCUACACGACUGGCUCAGCAUCUACCCACAGGCGCCCGUCUGCCACCCUCGUCGCCAGGGAGCUGCUGCGCACCCAGGGCCUGGCUGGGCUCUACAAGGGUCUGGGUGCCACGCUCCUCAGAGACAUCCCCUUCUCCGUCCUCUACUUCCCGCUGUUUGCCAACCUGAACAGCCUUGGAGUCCAGGAGCUCACGGGGAAGGCCUCCUUUGCACAUUCCUUCAUGUCAGGCUGUGCUGCGGGCUCCAUAGCUGCCAUCACAGUGACACCUCUGGAUGUUUUGAAAACUCGAAUCCAAACCCUAAAGAAAGGUCUGGGCGAGGACAGCUAUGGCGGGGUCACUGACUGCGCCCGGAAACUCUGGAUUCAGGAGGGCCCAUCCGCCUUCCUGAAAGGAGCGGGCUGCCGGGCCCUGGUCGUAGCCCCCCUCUUUGGGAUCGCCCAAGGCGUCUACUUCAUCGGCAUCGGCGAGCGCAUCUUAAAGUGUUCUGAGUAGCUUAGCUGGAGCCCAAGCCCCUUUCCUUGCGGCCAUCUCUCGCCCGCUGCCCCAGCCUGCACUCUGCCUCUGCCCAGAGCCGCCUCCUGACAGGUGGCCAGCAUAGACCUCUCCCUCCCCGGCAGCCGCAUUCCUUGUCUUUGGGCUUCAUCUACCUGGGAGCUUCCAAAGUCCCUGACCGCCUAUUAUUGUUCCUACUCUGUGGACACACCACCCACAGUCCCAGGUCCACCUCAGAGCCCAGUACAGACAGGUGCUGAGACAGGUCUUCGUCACCUAUCAGAUGAUCACUGGGGGCUGGAAGGUAGCCGCAGGAUUCUAGGUCACACCGGGCCUGGGUUUGUACUGACUCUACCCCUUCAUAACUGCAUCACCUUGAGGAACUGAAUUGGCUGUGACAGCACCCACACGCCAAGUCCUUUCCGAGAGACUGCUGUGAUCGGGAAUCUUACACAUGCAGGGCAAUCCUGCAGAAAAGAUGCCCGUCCCAGAACCUGGUACUGACACUAGUCCCCCCUGACCUGAUGUUGGUGAUGAAGUGCUUGGCCUAAAGACAAAUUUGCUAUGGAGAGGACUGCACAUGAAUGUGGGCUCGCGAGGCAGACGCGAGUUCCAACCCCAGCUCUGCCUACCUGCAAAGCCUGGGGCAACUCAGCAGUCAUCUGAGGGGCAAACAGGGAAUAAGGAACGGGAAGAAGGGCUGUUGUGGAAGGGUUCAGGCCUAACACACAGUAACCCCUCUCUAACAAACCCUUUCUUUUCUGACUCGGCCAAAGCUAAUAAAACUAUUGCCUCCGUAAA